AUGGCCCGAGGAGCUGUCCAUGGGAUCAUGGCUACUAUGCGUACCAUGAACUUGCUUCUACUGCUCGGAUGGAUAGUUAGCAUCCACGUCGCAUCAGGCGAAGCUGAUCUCACGCGUACGGACUGCGCCAACCCCCAACCAAAUGACUGCAGUUUUUAUAAGGACUGUCUUGAACCCCAAUACCGCUGCGGCCCAUCUGGUUACCCCAUCAGGGAAGGGUACAAAUAUUGCUCGAAAUCUUUGGCGGUGCGCGAUCGGAUGAGCCCCGAAGGACAGAACUGGGUAACCGAUACCAUGCUCUGUCUGCAGCGCCAAAUGGUACCGUACGCGCUCGAAAGAAGGCAGAUCGGCUGUGAAGAGCUGGGUCAUGACGCCCUCGUUACCCAUCCAAAGUGUUACGUGGACAAUGGGUGGUGCGUGUUGCCCAUCAGCGACUGGGAAAGUGAUUGUGGAGGUGGUCUUUCCGACGUUCUUUUCAGAUCCACAGACGAUCAAGGAAGCGCUUUUCACGGGAAAGGACUGUUUAUUGCUCUAUGUGUGGUUGAUAGGAAGGGACCUCCUCGAUGGAAAUUAGAUGAGAGUCUGUCUUGGAGUUCUCACUCUGCUGAAUAUAUUUAUGUUGACUACAGAGAUAAUACCCUCAAGCCAAUGUACAUAUGGCUUGCUGCGGCCAUCCAUUGA